AUGAAAUAUAGGGUGAUAAAAAAUUGUAUAUCCAUAUUUUUAAUCUUUUUAAUGUCUAUGAAAAAUACAAUGAGCUUAAAAAAAAAAUUAAUGUUUACUUGUUUGGAUAAGAGAAAAUUGAUAUCUUUGAAUGUAAAAAGGAAGGGAGUAAUAUAUUUGAAUAAAAAAUUUAUUAAUAGUCUAAUAUAUACAAAAGAAGAUGAGAUAUACAAAAUUAAUGAUUUGAAAGAGUCUUAUAAAUUGAGAGGUGAUGAUAUUUUAGAAAAUAAGGAUAGACAUAUACCUAAGGAGCAUAGAAAUAAUAUAAUUUCAAAUAGUUUAUGUAACAAAUUGUCUGAUUUAGAAAGUGGUAAGUGUGAUAAUGGAGAAAAUGAAGAAAAUAAUUUAGGGACCUUGUCAAGUUUGAACAACGAAUUUACCCCCACAGACUAUGAGCUAAGAUUGUAUAAAAAUAAAUGUAUGAUACCAAUUUAUUGGAUUAAAAAAUUAGAAAAAUUAAAAAAUAUAAAUGCUAUAAAUUGUAUAGAAUAUUUAAAGGGAGAUAAUUUACUAUAUUUUGAUAAUUACAAAAAUAAAGGAUUAUUAAAAUUUUUAAAUGAUGAGAAAAAAAAAUAUAGUAAUUGUAUUAUUUUAUCACGUGUUGGUGAUUUUUAUGAAACAUAUGGUUUAGAUUCAAUAUUUUUAAUUGAAUUUUUAAAUAUAAAAAAGAUGAAUAAUAAAUUAUCUUGUGGAUUUAUAAAGAGUAGUAUAAAUAAAGCAUUAAGUAUAUUAACAAAUAAUAAUUUAAAUGUUUGUAUAUAUGAAGAAAUAAAUGAACAAUCUCUUAAAGCUAAAAAAAGAUAUCUAUCUCAAAUUGUUACUCCUGAAAUGCCAAUAUAUUUAAAUAACAUACAAUAUUGUUUAGAAAAUGAUCAACAUAAGGAUGGGGUAGAUGAAGAAAAUAGUAACAAUACAUUUGCAAAUUCUUAUGAUAUAGACAAUAAUUUAAACAUAAAAGAAAUUGUUUGUAUUUAUAUUGAAGGGAAAAAUAUUUUCUCCUUAAGUAAAAUUAACUUAAGUCUAAAAACGAUAUCUCUAUAUGAUAAUAUAACAUUUGAUGUUUUAAAUGUGUAUCUAAAAAAUACAAACUUUUUAAAAGCAUAUAUACACCAACAUAAUAAUACAACGUUUACAAAAAAAAUAACAGAAUUAUUUAAGAUUGAGAAUUAUUACCUUUUUAAUAAUUUUAAUAACAGCUUUGAAUUUCAUAUGUUUAUUUUAGACAAGUUAAAAAAGCAUAUUAAUGUUAAUGGAUUGUUUAGGAUUAUAAAAAAUAAAAAUAUUUUUAACAUAAGCAAAGAGGAUAAAAAUGGUGAGAGUGAUAAAAAAGAUUUGGAAAAAAAUUUUGAUUAUUCCUUUUCUUCUUAUUGUACACCAUUAAAUAUUUUUACUAGCUAUAAUAUGGGUUUAUAUAAACAAAAUAAUUGUUAUGAAAAUCGAAAUAACUUUUUAUUUUACAACAUUAUUGAUGUACAAAAUAAAAAUUCGAAUAGCAUAAACAUUGCAGAAUCAUUAGAAUUUUUAAAAAAUUUAUUUAUUUUUUAUCCUCCUUUUAGUGUAACAAAACAUAUAAGAUAUAUAAAUGAAUAUAUUCAAAAAAAUGUAGACACCUUAAUAAUAUCAAAUGUUAGACCAUUUAAAAAUAAUAUAAUUAUUACCCUUUUGUCAAAUUUUAAAGCAGAUCAUAUAAUUUUAAAAAAAAUAUUAAGUAAUGUUUUAGCAGUACAUAAAUGUAUGAAUACAUAUGAUUACUCUUUUUUGUCAUCUUUAUUUCAUGUUUUAAAUCACCAAAAUUCGUUCAAAUUAAAUAUAAUAAAAUUUUACAACUUAUUAGAAAAUAUUAAAAAAAUAUUAACAACAAAUUUAUAUUUGUCUAAUUCUCAAUUCUCUUAUAAUUCAAACCUUGUUGCAUUUAAUGAAUUUGUUUUAUAUCAUGAAAGUGAAACAAGCAAUAUUAUUAAUGAAAAUUUAUUGAUCGAGCAAAAUGAAGAUCUAGAGAAAAAUCGAAAUACCUUGCUACAAAGUAUACUAACCCAGUAUGGUGAAAUAAAUGAAAAAACUGAGGAAUAUAAUAUAGAAUUGCUUAACAAGGUUUUGAAAAUUGACAACCCAAAUGGAAUUAUAGGAGUUAAACGUGGAAAAGGAGGGUUAGAAAAAAAUAAAAAUAAUACCAAAACUGGAAAAGCGGAAAAAAGUGAUAAUAAUGAAUCUCAGAUUUUUUUUCAUCCUUUAAAUAAAAAAGGGGACAUAAUGAAAAACAUUUUUGUGACUGAUGAUGUUUUAAAAAAAAUCAAACUAUACUUUGCUUCGAUAAAUAGAAAAAAAAAAAAAAUAAAUGAAAUAAUUAAAAAUAUUAAUAUGAGUUUGGCUUCUUCUGUGCAUAUCCUUUCUUUUGUAUCAAAUUUUUUGCAAAUUGUUCAGGCAUUUUACAAUCACACGAUUAACAGUAUAAACCGGGGUUGGAACUUACCCAUAUGUAAGCACUUAAAUGUAAAAUAUGAGACAAAAGAUUUUCAAACUGUUGAAGAAAAACUGAAAUUUAUUCAAAGACAUAUGUAUAGUACUUAUAAAGAAAAUGAACAAACUCAUCAAGUUAGACAAAGUGACGAAAAAAUUGAACAAUUAGAUAAUGAUAAUUUUUUUAGCACCAAUUCAAAAUUAAAAGACGAAGAAAAUAAUAAAAUUUUCGAAAAUAUUGAUAAAAAUAUGAUAGAAGAAAUUAAAAAAAUAUAUAAUAACAAAAAUUAUACUAACGAUAGUUUAACUUAUAUAAUGGGAUUAAAGCCGUAUAAUAUGAAUAAAGAGAAUGUUACAAAAUAUAAUGUUUUAUUGAAAAAAAAAAAAUUUAUUUUAUUAACAGGUGAAAAUAUGAGUGGCAAAACGACACUAUCCUUCACUAUUAUGUGCAUUUUAUUUUUAGCAAACUUAGGAAUGUAUGCUCCAUGUGAUAAGGGAAGUAUUAUUGGAAAGUUCCGAGAAUUUUAUAGCUUAAAAAAUAUUAAUUAUCAAGAACAGAUUGAAAACAUGUCUUUAUUUAGGGAGCAAACACAUUAUAUAAAUUCGAUUAUUGAGGAAAUAAAAGAAAACUAUAGUAUGAAUAAAACAAAUAGUAGAGAUGAAGAAAUAUUUAUACUUUUUGAUGAGCCGUGUAUAGCUACAACUCCUCUUGACAACGCAGUAAUAAUCAGUGCUGUGGCCGAAUAUUUGAAAAACUAUUGUGGUAUUAUUAUAUCUCACAAUUAUGAUUUACUGAAUAAAAUAUACCAAAGUGAAAAUAUCGAAUUUAAGAAGAUUAAUGAUAAUGUAAAUUAUCUUAGGGACCAGGCAAAUGAAUGUGUAUUGACAUUGGAAGACGGAAUUUGUAAAAGUAGUCAAGCUUUAGAAACUUGUAAAUAUACAAAUACAGAUUCAAAUGUUUUAAAGCUUUUAAAAAUGUAUGAAAAAAAAUAUAAACUUAUAUACAAUCUUAGUAAUACAUUAUAUUAUAAAUUUUUAAAAUACCUUAAAGACAAAAAAGAAAAUAAAGUUGAUUUGAAUAAUUUUUUUGAUAAUUUUUAUGAAAGUUAUAAAAAUGGAAAACAUAAUACGGACACAAAAAAUGAAAACGAAGAUGAGCAGACAAGAAAUUAUGAAUAUGUCACAGACAUUUUUAACUUCAAUGAAAUAAACGAAAUUAUAAGUCGUGAAAAUAUAAAUAGUGAUACUAGUAGAAACAACAAAUUUGAACUUGAAGAAAAUGAUUAUAACAGUUAUAUGGUGAAAGAAAACAACUUAGAUGAAAGUGAGUUUGAAAAAAUUAGAGAAAGUCCGACUAUGUGUAAAGAUAGCAAUUUAAUAAAUAUAAAUAAUGAUGAGUUUAAUGAAUUUGAAAAAUAUUAUGAAAAUGAAAUACAAAUUGCUAUUAAUAUGAUUGAAAAUUUUAUAGGAAAAAAAAUAAUGUAUGUUAGAAUGGAUGAAGAUAUUCCUAUAUUUUUUAAAAAUAAAAGUAUAGUAUAUAUUCUUUGUAUAUUUGAAAAUGUUAAAAAUGUUGAAAAAACAAAACCAUAUUUGUAUAUUGGAAUAAGUGAUAAUAUUUCAGAACGAAUAAAAUAUCAUACAAAAAAUUUAUUAAAAAAUAAAAGUCUACUAAGAAACGAAAAAAAAAAUAACAUACUAAACUAUAAAUAUAAUAUGACACAAUUUUACACAUUAUUAUUUAAUGUUGAAAAUAAAAAUGUAGCUGCAAAAUAUGAAAAACAGCUAACUGAAUUUCUAAAAAACUCGUAUGACAUUAUUUCAAAAUAG